UUGGUGGCUUCAUGUACAUUGGUACUAUAAUCCCCUGGUGGCAGUCAGACGCCCGAUGUCACUGGCAUUCACGUGGGCCGUCUCUUCAUCCUCGGCUUUCUUGUUAUGACAUUCCGACGCAUCCCGGCCAAUUUUAUGACAUAUAAUACACUGGUGCCGCGCUGCGUCAAAGACUGGAAAGACACCCUGUUCAUAGGAUUUCUCGGUUCAAUCGGUAAGGGUGUAUUUGUCGCGGCACGAUCGAAAGUACUGGCCAAUACCCCUAGGAAUCGGCGCAGUGAUCUAUGUAGAACACGUGAAAGCCCGGUGAAGCCACCACCGAUGAGGAAGAGAACCUGGCGGCCGCGAUGAUCCCCGUUGUGUACUGGCUCGUUAUCUUCUCCGUCGUCUUCCACGACCUGUUGAUUCCCGCUCUCGACGCCUUUUACUGCUUCAAAGCGUACUU